AUGGACCACCAGAGGGUAGCACUCCCGGCGCCGGCGCCGCUGGACCCACAGUCCCCACCGAUCUCGGCGGCGUCACACCCGCUCUUCCUGCCCUCCCCGAACCUGCACCUGUUCCUCAAGCCCAAGACGCUGACCCUCUCCCUCUCGUCCUCCUCCCUCACCUCCAUGGCCUCCUCCUCGCCGCACGCCCCCGCCACCGAUGCCUGGGAGGUCGUCAUCCCCACAAACCAACCAGUCACCCACGUGGACGGCGGGCUUGAUGACUGCGCCAUCUUCCCGCCGCGGCUCCACGAGGGGCUGGGCCUGGACGGCGAGCCGGAGAAGGUGCUGCCGCUGCCAGCGGCGGCGAAGGAGGAGGGUGAGGACGAUGAGGAGGACGAAGAGUGUCUGUGGGGGUGGGGGUGGAGAUGGGAGAGGUGCCGCUUGGCGGCGAGGCGCGCUUGGGCGGCCGGGGUCGGGACCGCCCAGGAGCGGGUUCUCGUGCACGGCGUGUGUGGGUGCCCGGCGGUGAGGCCCGCUGUGUGGUCGGCUGUGGUGGCGGCCGCUGUGGUGGGGGCGCUUCUGUACGCCCGUCGGCGGGACAGGAGGGAACGGGACCUGCUCGUCCUUCUCUCCAAGGAGAAAGAUAAGAGGAUAGCACAACUGCUGCAUCAAAUUGCUUUAAUGAGUGACAUCAGAAGCGGCAAUGAAGCAGUGAAGAUCAUCAGGAACUCCUAA